AUGACGGAGAAAAAUAUAGGGUUCGAUGUUGUUGCAUACAAUGUCUUAAUGAAUGGUCUAUUGAGGCUUGGGAAGUAUGAAGCAAUAUCUGUUUGUACUGGAAUGAAAAAGUUGGGUUUGGCUCCUGACUAUGCCACAUACAAUACCAUGAUUAAUGCAUUCUGCAGAGAGGGUGACGCUGAAAAUGCUUUUGAACUCUGGCAUGAGAUGAAGUGUCAAGGGUUAAUUCCAAACUCAAACACUUGUAACAUUCUGAUCCAAGGACUUUGCGAUGCAAAUGAGAUUGAAAAAACCAUAGAUGCCUUGAAUGGAAUGCUGGCUGUUGGUUCUCUCCCUACCUUAUUUAUUCAUAGAAUUCUGCUUGAUGCGUCUUCAAAGAGUAGAAGAGCUGAUUCAAUUUUGCAGGCUAGCAACCAUAUGAAAAGGGCUUUUGCUACUUACUCGCAAAUGUUGGCUGAGGGUGUUUCUCCAAAUAUUGAAGCGUACAAUCUUCUUUUAGGUGGACAUUCAAGUGCUAGUCUGAUGACAAAUGCAGAGGAGUUAUUUGGUCAAAUGAAGAACAGAGGUUUUGUUCCUAAUGCUUCUACGUAUGAUAGUUUGGUUUCUAGUCGUGGUAAGAAGGGAAAUAAAAAGGAAGCUAUAAGACUUUAUUGUGAAAUGGUAAGCAAGGGUUUUGUUCCCAAAACUAGCACCUACAAUAUCCUUAUUAGUGAUUUUUCUCAGGCGGGAAAGAUGAGCCAAGCUAGGGAGCUUAUGAAUGAGAUGCAGACAGGGGGGACCUCUCCUAACUCUUCAACUUACAACAUACUAAUUUGCGGCUGGUGUUGGCUAUCAAAGCAGCCAGAGCUGGAGAGAAGUUUGAAAAAGUCAUAUCGGGUUGAGGCAAAAAGAUUAUUAACUGAUAUGAAAGACAAAGGGUAUGUUCGAUGUGAAAGUACCCUUCUAUGCAUCAGUUCUACCUUUGCUCGACCAGGAAAGAAGGCUGAUGCUCAGAGGCUAUUGAAGGAACUGUAUAAGAAAAAGUCAUAUGACCAAGAAAUGAUGGGAGUAAAAUAA